UGCUUUAUUAAUCUUUCAAAUGUUUUCGCUUCCCGCCGGAAUAAUGCAGUCACGCGCUCGUAACAGUGACAGUUUUAGAAAGGCUUCGCCAACCGCUUCGGACUGAAAACGACACCGGGACAAAGAAUCGGAAUGUCAGGAAUAUAUUUGUUGGGCUAGUAGUCCGUGUCUCGGGUCCUCCGGGCCGGUCCGCUGCGCAGGUUUGGAACGCGCGCCAUUUUGUGAAAACUGACAGAAAAAGCUUAACGGUUUUUGUUCACCUUUUCACGUAGCGCUUUCUAGAAUAUCUGCAUGUCGUUGGUUUUUUGUGACUAAUUUUGCUUUUGAAAACAAUUCAUUUGCGUCUCCGCCUCUACAGAAGCGAAUAAUCUCGGAUGUGCGUUUCUGAGCGCUAGCUGGUUAGCCGCGUUCGUUAAAGUCACUGAGAAAGAGCGCUAACUAGCCGCUAGCCAUCACUUCACCACUUACAAACCAUGAUUAAUACACAAAUGAGAUCUGACAUGGGCAAAAACGCAUUGGAAAGACGCCGUUUUACCUGUCAAUCGAAAUAGGAAGGCAUUUAGCCCCGUCUGGCUCAAUACAUUAGGGGUGUCUCAUCGGAAGCAGCGUAGAGAAACUGGAUCAGUCGCCUCACUUUACUGGAUCUGGGACUUUAAAUGAAGAUCACACCAUCAAAGGGGGAGAGACCUCAGCAUGCAAACCCUCGUCUGUCCGGCUUGCACCCUCUCUUUCUUUCCAUGCUGCUGGUCUUCAGAUGGCUGCUCCCAUGCCUCAUUCGCACCAGCAGUACAGUGACUGUCACCAGCAGAGUACAGAUCAGUCUGUCACUGUACUGCCAUACAGUGAUCAGACACAAGCACUCACUGCCAGCCAGAGGCACAUGCCCCAGUGCUUUCGUGACCCCACUUUAGCUCCUUUAAGGAAGCUCUCCAUAGACCUGAUCAAAACCUACAAACACAUCAAUGAGGUGUAUUAUGCAAAAAAGAAACGACGGCAUCAACAGGGUCAAGGUGAGGACUCCAGCCACAAGAAAGAAAGGAAAGUCUUCAAUGAUGGCUACGAUGAUGAGAACUAUGACUACAUUGUCAAGAAUGGGGAAAAAUGGAUGGACCGCUAUGAAAUUGACUCUUUAAUUGGAAAAGGGUCAUUUGGCCAGGUUGUAAAAGCUUACGAUCGAGCUGAGCAAGAGUGGGUAGCAAUUAAGAUUAUCAAGAACAAGAAAGCCUUUCUGAAUCAAGCUCAAAUUGAAGUACGGCUUCUCGAGCUCAUGAACAAACAUGACACAGAGAUGAAAUACUAUAUAGUACACUUGAAACGGCACUUCAUGUUCCGGAAUCAUCUUUGCUUAGUAUUUGAAAUGUUGUCAUACAACCUGUAUGACUUGUUACGGAAUACGAACUUCAGAGGUGUCUCUUUGAAUCUGACACGGAAGUUUGCCCAGCAGUUGUGUACAGCACUACUGUUUCUCGCUACACCUGAGCUCAGCAUCAUCCACUGUGACCUAAAGCCAGAGAACAUCCUGCUAUGUAACCCCAAGAGAAGUGCCAUCAAAAUAGUGGACUUUGGGAGCUCCUGCCAACUGGGACAAAGGAUAUAUCAGUACAUCCAGAGUCGAUUCUACCGCUCCCCUGAAGUGUUAUUGGGAAUGCCGUAUGACUUGGCCAUAGACAUGUGGUCUCUGGGAUGUAUUCUGGUGGAAAUGCAUACAGGAGAGCCUCUAUUUAGUGGAGCCAAUGAGGUGGACCAAAUGAACAAAAUUGUUGAAGUACUUGGGAUCCCACCCAAUCACAUUAUGGACCUAGCACCAAAAGCCAGGAAGUUCUUUGAGAAGUUGUCAGAUGGGACAUGGAGUAUUAAGAAGACCAAAGAUGGAAAAAGGUACAAACCUCCGGCAUCUCGAAAGCUCCAUGCUAUCUUGGGAGUGGAAUGUGGUGGACCAGGCGGUCGUCGGGCAGGAGAAUCUGGCCACGCAGUAGCUGACUACUUGAAGUUCAAGGACCUCAUUCUCAGAAUGCUGGACUAUGACCCCAAGACGCGAAUUCAGCCCUACUAUGCUCUCCAGCACAGUUUCUUCAAGAAGACGACGGAUGAAGGAACCAAUACAAGCAGUAGUGUGUCAACAAGUCCUGCACUUGAGCAGUCGCAGUCAUCAGGGACCACUUCUAGUACAUCCUCAAGCUCAGGAGGAUCGUCUGGAACAAGCACCAGUGGCAGAGCAAGAUCCGAUCCAACUCAUCACCAUCGGCACAGCAGCGGGCAUUUCGGCACAGCCAUGCCAGCCAUAGACUGUGACAACCUUUGCCCUCAGGCGAGACAGCCUUAUCAUCCACCAGUAGUAUGGCCUGGAAUCGUAGGACCAGAACCUGUCACUGUAGAGACUCAUCCAGUCCAGGAAACCACUUUUCAUGUGCCUCCCCAGCAUCCCAAGGCAUUGCACCCCCAUCACCACCAUCAUCACCAUGGACAGGUCAUAGCAACGCGACCACGGCCGCGACUCUACAACUCGCCCACCAACAGCGCCUCCACCCAGGAUUCCAUGGAGGUGGUGCAUGGUCAUCUGUCCAUGACAUCCCUGUCUUCCUCGGCAUCCUCUUCCUCCACAUCUUCCUCUUCCACAGGAAACCAAGGCAACCAGGCUUACCAGCUCCGCCAGCUUCCUGCCAACACCCUGGACUUUAGCCAAAACGGAAGUAUAAGUAUGAGUAUGGGUUUGGGUGCCUUCUCAAAUCCUCGCCAAGAGACUGGUAUGGCUGGACAUCCCACGUACCCUGUUGCCACAAACACAGGAACUGGUCACUUUAUAGCAGAGGGACACCUGGGCAUGAGACAAGGCAUUGAUAGGGAAGAUUCUCCGAUGACUGGAGUCUGUGUUCAGCAGAGCUCGAUGGCCAGCUCGUGACUUUAGCUGAAAUGGGUUUGUUUUUCUGUGUGAAUUUUAUUUUUGUUUUUUGUUUUGUUCCGUUUUUUUUUUUUUUUUUUAUGGUGGUGUUUUCAUUUCAUUUUCUCCUGUUUUUUCAAAAGGUGCAUAGAGAAUAAAAGCUGCUCACUUCUGAGGGGAGAUAUCACUGAACCGCUACAAAUUGAAGAGUAUUUAAAAAGUAUAUAUGUAUUUCCAUCAUUUUUACGUUGUCGAUUUCUAGAUAAGUUAAUAAUACUGCAAAUAACCAUAGUGAAACUGAGACACCCAUCUGCCAAUUCACUCACCUGCAUACAGUACUUAUUUACCAUCUGUUACACCGGAAACUAGGAGAUUUGUUUUUAUUUGUCCCUUUUUUUGUUCAAUACAGUGAGCAUUUCAGAGCUGUGAGCUGUCGUACAGCUUUUUAUAUGUAAAGCAAUGCAAAACAUUUGUUUAGUUCAAACAAGUGAAACAUUGGACAUUAUAAUUUGGCUGGUCGUUCUUUUAUUUACCCUUUAAGUGAAACUUCUCUAAAGAGCUGUGUGUUUAAACCUGUAGCGUGUCAAGGAAGCAGUACUUGCAGUGAUAUUUCGUGUUGUCGGUAUCGUGUAACUCUUCGAGAGGGGGCACAUAGCUGCGGAGCUCCGGUGGCGAGCGCUGGCCUAGCGGCGAGGAGGAGCUGGUGUUAGACAGACAGGUGCAGUACUCUUCAGGCCUGGAGUCCUCCAGACCGGACGGCUUCGACUACGUACAGCAGCUGAGGAGCGACGAGGGGGGACAGAUCCCGAUCCAGGUGGAUCUGGGGCUGUUGUCGAGAACCCUUUGGCCUUAUGACUUUUGGACCUUGACUGAAAAGGAGCUGGACUUUAUCAUUAAAUAGAGAUGAUGGCUAUCCUCUAUUUUUAACAUUUAAAGAGUCCUUAAUUGGUUAGGGAAGGUGAAUGAGAGUGGUUAUUCAGAGGCCUUUAUUUAGCAAAGAUUUCUCAUUUAAGGGACUCCAAAUUGCAGGGUCUUGCUCAAACGUCCCUAACAUGACUUCCUAAAAUUGCCGAAGUGGGAUUUCACAUAGAAGGUAUUCAUUCCCAUUAAUUGGCUUUUUUUCCUUUUUUUUCCCCCCUCUUUAUUUCCCGUCAAGCAUGUGGUUCCCAUUGAAAAACAUCUGCAUAAAUUUGCCUCUUUGUGUUGAACACAGAAGAUAUGUAAUGAGAUUUAUGUGACUGCCUUUUUUCUCCUCUUGAAUUAUGCUGUGAAUUUUACACAUUACUUUUUCUUCUUUAUUACCAUCUUUCUUUCUUUCUUUCUUUCUUUUGAUAUACCAAAGCAGUUGUUUUUUAUAGCACUAGGUGUCUGUAAGAAAUAAUGUAGCAGUUCACCACUUCAGCCCAAGGUUCAUCAAAGUCCAUUUUAGUCUGUAUACUCUCUCAAACUGGAACUUUUGCUGAACUUCAUGUUUUAAUGGUAACAAAAACUGAAAUUGGUUUAAUAUAUGGAUAAACCUCCCCGAUUUGUUACCUUUUUCAUUUGUUUUUCCUGUCAAAGGGAGGGAAGGGACACUGACGGUUACUCUGCAGGCUACAGAGUAGCUGAGAGAUCACAAAUUAUUCUGAGGAGAGAAAAGUGUUUUGUUUUGUAUUUACCUGGUCUAUCAGUCAGUGAUGCUGCCUUUUAUACCUAAUUUGAUGAACAUGCUAAUUUCUACCUUUUUAAAUCUAAGUGGCUACUUAAAUUUAUUUAUUCAGGCAGUCUACUGUAGCUACUGUGACCUCUGAGUCUGAGUUGAAUUUGUUAUCAAGUGAUGGUUGGAUGUUUGCCUCAGAUGUGCUUAUUCAAAGGGAAACUAGAGGAGACGCGCUGCCACACAGACACUGGGCACAUGCAUGUUGGUCUGAAGAGGAUAAGUGUUUAUAAUCACUAUUCAGUCACGUUAAGGAUAGCUGUGCUCACUCGAGGUUGUGAGCCCCCACCUCCCCACCUAGCUUCUCACUUUAGGUCUCGAUUCUUCAAAGGAACCCUGUUUGCUGCUGCUCUCGAUCUAGCAGUUCUUCACAGACAGUGGGACACUAUCCUGCCAGAAAGUGCGUGGUGUUCACAUUUGCAGAUUUUCCUUUCGCAAAGACAUCACUUUCAGCCAGAAUCAUGUUUGGUAUAACUACAAAUCUCACAACGGCUAGUGGUAAUCGGAAAAACAAAGGUUUACCUGAAUGUUAGCUUGAUUUCAAAAUGUUGUUUAUAUAUAUCUAUAUCUCUAUAUAUAACAGCAUUCGAGUGCAGUUUGCUGACGUUGACACAAACAUUCCAAAAAUUCAAAAUCUAAAAAUUACAGAAACUUUUAAAGAGUGCACCUGUUUCAGCUGUCACUAAAUGAGACCUGAUUUAGUGCAGUUUUCAUGAAAUGCAGCCCCUUUUUAAUAGUUGAAAUAGAAUUUAUGUAUAUAUUUAUAUUUUUUUAAAUAAAGGAAGUAUAGAACUCACUACAUUGCUCCUGCUGGUAUGUCAAUUAAAUUGCCAUGUGUUUGCUUACCUGUUUAUUUUAUUUUAUUUUUAACCCUUUUUGUCUUUCUUGGUCAUUGGGCCAAAAUUGCUUUUAGUCAGAGGCAUUUGCCAUCUCCAGGACAACAUUAAAGGUAGGGCUUAUAACUUGUACUGAAAGAAUCUUUUCACAGGGUAUGACGCAUGUAUGUCCACACUUUUUCUAAUGCUCAUGGUUUGCUAGGUCUGUUUCUCCCCCUUUCUCUUAAAUGCAUUAUAGGUAAAUGUCACUGAUACACAAGAUCAUGGAUUUUAAUUCAACAUUCUUCUGCCUUUUGGAUUGAUUUUAUUCUUUCUUUUCAGAUUUUCUUGACCCUUUUCAUGCAACAUGCACUAUAUAAUUGAACAGCAUGGGGAAAGGAUAAGUGUCCACAGAUUGUAAGAUCUAGUCAAGACUUUGCUGUGUAUAUGAAAAUGCCCUUUGUAUUAUAUUCAAACAGUCUUAUGUAUGAUAUAUAAAAAAUAACUUAAUUGA